UUUCGAAGCGAAUCGCGGUCGGUACUGUAGGACUAUAAGACAAAAGCAAACACGAGUCUCGAUCGGUAAUGAUAAAAUUGCUCGAGAACGACGAAGAGGAUCGUAGAUGGCAUCGAAUCGCAACAGGUUGCACGUACACAGGUUGAACGGGGGCAUAUGCGGAUAGGUGCAUCCCGAGUGCGAUGACGUCACGAUCGAAAGAAGAAUCGAAGAAGAUUUAGAGAUGUUCAAAGCGGGACUCAAAGAUAGAGCGAGAGUCGUCAGAAAGACGAUUCGAUGAUCGAGCUGAAACGGUUGUCAAGGUAGAAUGGGCUUUGGUGGGGCAGAGCGUAGUCGAAGCCGAUCAUGGUCUAACUCAAGGUAGUUUUUCCACCUCUUCCAGUCUCUUCCACCUGGCACGCCCGAUUCGAACCGAAGCUCCCCGAGUGGACGCGUUAAUGUGCCGGUCACCGUGGCCCAUUCUUCGUAACGACUACUGUUGCUUUUCGUGUCCCAUUUCCUAGCACGGUACGCGUUCUUCCCUCUUUCCACGUUCGUCGCUUUUGCCAAGCGCCAAGCUCCGACGAUCAUCUCCAGUCACGUCGGACAUGAAAAGCGCGCUUUACACCGCGUCCGAAGUGCAGUGCAGUGCCUCUUAAUGGAGUGUGCCGACAUCGUGUAGCCGCUUUCGUCGUGUUUCUCGUUACUCGCACAAGGUGGAGUGCCGACAACCACGACUCGAGAGAUGGUCAUCGUCACGCGGGGAGAUUACAUAUGGAUCGAGCCAAUCUCAGGACGAGAAUUUGACGUUGCGAUCGGAGCUCGAGUAAUUUCCGCCGAAGGCAGACGCAUCCAAGUGAAAGACGACGAUAACAAGGAACAAUGGCUGACUCCGGAGAGACGCAUAAAGGCGAUGCACGCCACUUCCGUGCAAGGUGUCGAGGACAUGAUCAGCCUGGGAGACCUCCAUGAAGCGGGCAUUCUAAGGAAUUUGUUGAUUCGUUACAACGAGAAUCUCAUAUAUACCUACACGGGUUCCAUUCUAGUCGCCGUUAAUCCGUAUCAGAUACUGCCUAUUUAUACCGCCGAGCAAAUCAAACUGUACAAGGAUCGUAAAAUCGGAGAAUUGCCACCGCACAUAUUCGCCAUCGGGGACAACAGUUACGCGCACAUGAACAGAUAUGGUCAAGACCAGUGUAUAGUGAUCAGUGGCGAAAGCGGAGCCGGCAAAACGGAAAGUACGAAAUUAAUUUUACAAUAUUUGGCAGCGAUCAGCGGCAAACAUUCUUGGAUCGAACAGCAAAUUUUGGAAGCGAAUCCCAUCUUGGAAGCAUUCGGUAAUGCCAAGACGGUGCGAAACGACAAUUCGUCACGAUUCGGGAAAUAUAUCGAUAUUCACUUCAACGAUCAAGGAGUCAUAGAAGGAGCCAAGAUCGAGCAGUAUUUGUUGGAGAAGUCGCGAAUAGUCUCGCAAAGCUUGGACGAGAGAAACUACCAUAUAUUUUACUGCAUGCUGGCUGGUCUCUCGAAGGAAGAAAAGCAAAAACUGGAACUGGAAGACGCGUCCUCCUACAAAUACUUAACGGGGGGCGGUAGCAUCACUUGCGAAGGUCGCGACGAUGCCGCGGAAUUUGCCGACAUAAGGUCAGCCAUGAAGGUUCUUUUAUUUUCCGAUAGCGAGAUAUGGGAGAUACUCAAGUUACUGGCCGCCUUGUUGCACAUGGGAAACGUCAAGUACAGGGCCACGGUCGUAGACAACCUCGAUGCUACAGAAAUCCCGGAACAGACGAACGUGCAGAGGGUAGCGCAUCUAUUGGGUGUACCCGUUCAGUCGCUGAUAGACGCGCUUACUCGAAAAACGAUAUUCGCUCACGGUGAGACAGUCGUCUCCACGUUGUCCAGGGAGCAAUCGGUGGACAUCAGAGACGCGUUCGUGAAAGGAAUCUACGGACGACUGUUCGUGCAUAUCGUCAAGAAGAUUAACGAGGCCAUUUACAGGCCCAAGAACACCUCCAGGAGCGCCAUAGGAGUACUAGAUAUAUUUGGCUUCGAAAAUUUCAACCACAACAGCUUCGAACAGUUCUGCAUCAAUUACGCGAACGAAAAUCUCCAACAAUUUUUCGUGCAACACAUUUUCAAGUUGGAACAAGAAGAAUACAAUCACGAGGGUAUCAAUUGGCAACACAUCGAGUUCGUUGACAACCAGGACGCGUUGGAUCUGAUAGCUAUCAAGCAAUUGAACAUCAUGGCUCUGAUCGACGAGGAGUCAAAGUUUCCUAAGGGCACGGAUCAGACGAUGCUGGCAAAGAUACAUAAAACGCACGGAAGUCACCGGAAUUACUUGAAGCCAAAGUCGGACAUCAAUACGUCUUUCGGGUUAAAUCAUUUUGCGGGCGUGGUAUUUUACGAUACCAGGAGCUUUCUCGAAAAGAACCGGGACACGUUCAGCGCCGACUUGUUACAACUGAUUCACAUAACAUCGAACAAGUUUUUGCAAACCUGUUUUGUCGAAGAUAUAGGUAUGGGUUCGGAAACUAGGAAAAGGGCGCCCACCUUGUCCACUCAGUUUAAAAAAUCCUUGGACUCUCUGAUGAGAACGUUGUGCAGUUGUCAGCCGUUUUUUAUCCGAUGCAUCAAACCCAACGAAUUCAAGAAACCGAUGAUGUUUGACAGGGGCCUCUGUUGCCGUCAAUUACGAUAUUCUGGAAUGAUGGAAACCAUUCGAAUUCGUAGAGCCGGUUAUCCGAUUAGACACUCGUUUCCCGAGUUUGUCGAUAGAUACCGGUUUCUCAUACCAGGCAUUCCACCGGCGCAUAAAGUAGAUUGUCGCGCGGUCACCGCAAAGAUUUGUCACGUAGUAUUGGGAAAGUCGGACUACCAACUCGGCCAUACGAAAGUUUUUCUCAAGGAUGCUCACGAUUUAUUCUUGGAACAGGAACGUGAUCGUGUUUUGACGCGGAAGAUUUUGAUAUUGCAACGAAACAUACGUGGCUGGGUGUACAGAAGAAGGUUCCUUCGCACGAGAGCAGCUGCGACCAUCGUUCAAAAGUAUUGGAGAGGUUACGCGCAACGACAGAGAUACAAACGCAUGCGUAUAGGUUACAUGCGACUUCAGGCACUCAUUAGAUCGCGGGUACUUUCUCACAGAUUCAGACACCUGAGGGGACACAUUGUCGCCCUUCAGGCCCGAGCCAGAGGCUAUUUGGUUCGGAAGAUGUUCCAGAAAAAAUUGUGGGCUAUCGUGAAGAUACAGGCUCACGUUAGGAGAUUGAUCGCGCAAAGACGAUACAAGAAAAUCAAGUACGAGUAUCGGUUACAUGUCGAAGCGUUGAGACUUCGAAAGAAGGAAGAACGGGAAUUGAAGGACCAAGGUAACAAGAGAGCGAAAGAGAUCGCCGAGCAAAAUUAUAGGGAGCGUAUGCAAGAAUUGGAGAGGAAAGAGAUUGAAAUGGAACUGGAAGAUCGACGCAGAAUGGAAAUCAAGAAGAAUCUGAUCAACGAUGCGGCCAAGAAGCAAGACGAGCCGGUAGACGAUAGUAAAUUGGUGGAGGCGAUGUUCGACUUCUUGCCAGAUUCCAGCAGCGAAGCACCAACUCCUGCUAGGGAAACUUCCGUGUUCAACGAUCUACCCGCGCCGAAAGCGGAUCAACAAGAGAUCAUUAGUCCCGUUCAAACAGCAUCCGAGGACGAAGAGGAUUUGUCGGAGUUCAAAUUCCAAAAAUUUGCUGCCACCUAUUUCCAAGGAAAUAUCACUCAUCAAUAUUCUCGAAAACCGUUGAAACAUCCGUUGCUGCCUUUGCACACUCAAGGGGAUCAGCUGGCCGCGCAAGCGUUGUGGAUCACCAUACUCCGAUUCACGGGCGAUCUACCCGAGCCUAGAUUCCACACGAUGGACAGAGACACGACAUCGGUCAUGUCGAAAGUAACGGCCACUCUUGGUCGUAAUUUUAUACGAAGCAAAGAAUUUCAGGAGGCACAGAUGAUGGGAAUGGACCCGGAAACGUUUUUACGACAAAAGCCACGAUCCAUUAGGCACAAAUUGGUCUCGCUGACGUUGAAACGGAAAAACAAAUUGGGAGAGGAUGUCAGGCGAAAAUUACAGGAGGACGAAUACACGGCGGACAGUUACCAAUCCUGGUUGGAAGCGAGACCCACGUCGAAUCUCGAAAAGCUUCACUUCAUCAUUGGUCACGGUAUAUUGCGAGCAGAACUGAGAGACGAAAUAUACUGUCAGAUAUGCAAGCAACUGACCAACAAUCCCUCCAAGUCGUCGCAUGCUCGCGGCUGGAUACUCCUCUCGCUCUGCGUCGGAUGCUUCGCUCCUUCAGAGAAGUUCGUCAACUAUUUGCGCGCGUUCAUCAGAGAGGGACCGCCGGGUUACGCGCCGUAUUGCGAGGAUCGGCUCAAGAGAACGUUUAACAAUGGUACUCGUAAUCAACCGCCUAGUUGGCUGGAGCUCCAAGCUACCAAAUCGAAGAAACCGAUCAUGUUACCCAUCACUUUCAUGGACGGGAACACCAAAACGCUUCUCGCCGAUUCGGCGACCACCGCCAGGGAACUUUGUAAUCAACUGUCCGACAAAAUAUCUCUUCGCGAUCAGUUUGGCUUCUCUCUUUACAUCGCGUUGUUCGACAAGGUCUCGUCGCUCGGCAGCGGAGGAGAUCAUGUGAUGGACGCGAUCUCUCAGUGCGAACAGUAUGCGAAGGAGCAAGGUGCUCAAGAACGAAAUGCUCCGUGGAGAUUGUUCUUUAGAAAAGAGAUAUUCGCGCCGUGGCACGAACCGACCGAAGACCAAGUCGCCACUAAUUUAAUUUAUCAGCAGGUGGUUAGAGGUGUGAAAUUUGGUGAAUAUCGUUGCGACAAGGAAGAAGAUCUGGCGAUGAUCGCCGCGCAACAGUAUUAUAUCGAAUAUCACACUGACAUGAACGUUGAAAGAUUGUACACUCUGUUGCCCAACUAUAUUCCGGAUUAUUGCCUAACGGGCAUCGACAAGGCAAUCGACAGAUGGGGGCAUCUCGUUUUGCAAGCGUACAAAAAGAGUUAUUAUCUGAAAGAAAAAGUACCUGCGUUACGAGUCAAGGAGGACAUCGUUGGCUACGCAAAAUUCAAGUGGCCUUUACUAUUUUCCCGUUUCUACGAAGCGUAUAGGAAUUCUGGACCAAAUCUACCGAAAAAUGACGUUAUCAUAGCCGUGAAUUGGACCGGUGUGUACGUCGUCGAUGAUCAAGAACAGGUGCUUUUGGAAUUAUCCUUUCCCGAAAUCACCACCGUAUCUAGUCAAAAAACGAACAAGAUGUUCACGCAAACGUUCAACUUGUCAACGGUGCGAGGAGAAGAAUUCACGUUUCAAAGCCCAAACGCCGAGGAUAUUCGUGAUCUGGUGGUGUACUUUUUGGAGGGUCUAAAGAAACGUAGCAAAUACGUGAUCGCUUUGCAAGAUUACAAAGCUCCCGGUGAAGGAUCGUCGUUCCUCAGCUUUCUGAAAGGAGAUCUUAUUAUUCUGGAAGACGAAAGUACGGGCGAGACUGUUCUCAAUUCGGGAUGGUGCGUAGGUACUUGCGAAAGGACCGGCGAGAAGGGCGAUUUUCCAGCGGAGACGGUUUACGUGUUACCUUCGUUAACGAAACCUCCGAACGAUAUAUUGUCAUUGUUCAGCAUCGAAGGAACUGAAAACGGUCGCAAACUGUAUCCGCAACAAGUGAACGGAGUAGAACCUCGCGAUAAGCCCCAUACUCUAUUAGAAUACGCCAUCGACCAUUUUCGAACACCUCCAAAGAGAACGAUGUCAAAAGCGUUGACUCUGACAACAGCGAGACGCGGACAUGUCGACGAGUUAUGGCAUCAUUCGAGGGAUCCGAUAAAACAACCUCUUUUGAAGAAGUUGAUAUCCAAGGAAGAACUAGCCGAGGAAGCGUGUUUCGCUUUUAACGCAAUCUUGAAAUAUAUGGGAGACUUGCCGACCAAACGACCGCGUAUCGGUAACGAAUACACCGAUCUUAUUUUCGACGGACCACUGAAAAACGAAAUUCUUCGGGACGAAAUUUACUGUCAAAUCAUGAAACAGCUCACCGACAAUCGAAACAGGCUAAGCGAAGAACGUGGAUGGGAACUGAUGUGGCUCGCCACUGGUCUCUUCACUUGUAGCCAAAGUCUUUUAAAGGAGUUGACGUUGUUUUUGCGAACGAGACGACAUCCGAUAUCGCAAGACUCUCUGCAAAGGCUGCAAAAGACCCUUCGCAAUGGCCAACGGAAAUAUCCACCACACCAGGUGGAAGUAGAAGCUAUACAACAUAAAACGACCCAAAUAUUUCACAAAGUAUAUUUUCCCGAUGACACUGACGAAGCGUUUGAAGUGGAUUCAUCGACGAGAGCGAAAGAUUUUUGUCAAAAUAUCGCGCAAAGACUUAAUUUACGAUCCGCGGAAGGAUUUAGUUUGUUCGUGAAGAUUGCCGAUAAAGUCAUCUCGGUUCCGGAAGGAGAUUUCUUCUUCGACUUUGUGCGACAUUUAACGGAUUGGAUCAGAAAAGCUCGACCAUCUCGUGACGGUGUAUCGCCCCAAUUCACGUAUCAAGUCUUCUUCAUGAAGAAACUGUGGACCAACACCGUGCCAGGAAAAGACAGAAAUGCUGAUCUUAUUUUCCACUUUCAUCAAGAACUUCCUAAAUUGUUAAGAGGUUAUCAUAAAUGUACGAAAGAAGAAGCUUCGAGAUUAGCUGCAUUAGUAUACAGAGUUCGUUUCGGAGAAAGUAAACAAGAACUUCAAGCCAUACCGCAAAUGUUGCGCGAACUGAUACCGGGCGAUUUGGUAAAGGUACAAAGCGCUAACGAUUGGAAAAGAUCGAUAAUAGCGGCGUACAAUCAAGAUGCCGGAAUGAGCCCCGAAGACGCAAAGAUAACAUUCUUGAAAAUUGUUUAUCGAUGGCCAACAUUCGGUUCAGCAUUUUUCGAAGUUAAACAAAGUACAGAACCAAAUUAUCCGGAAUUGUUACUGAUCGCGAUAAACAAGCACGGUGUAAGUCUCAUACAUCCGCAAACGAAAGACAUAUUGAUCACGCAUCCCUUCACUAGAAUCUCAAACUGGUCGUCAGGGAACACUUACUUCCAUAUGACGAUCGGAAAUUUAGUGCGUGGUUCGAAAUUAUUGUGUGAAACUUCGCUGGGUUACAAAAUGGAUGACCUGUUAACUUCGUACAUCUCGUUGAUGCUCACGAAUAUGAACAAACAACGUACAAUACGAAUCAAGUGAACAUACAAGUAAAUUCGUAUAAGCGUAUAAAACGGCAAAGUAAAACUACAAGAGAGUAACAGGAAAAUUGGUAACUUCACGUUUCACGUUUAAAACUGAAUUCAUUUUUGUCGAUAAAUUCGUACGCGAUUUCUAUGCAGUAUUGAAAAUAACGAACUCCUCAAGGCGAUGAAAAAUGUUUUAUACCGAAAUAGUCACUUUUUAAAUCUAUAAUUUAAGUGCGUAUUAUACGUGUUUGUAUGUUAUUCACUUUGAGAACUCGAGAAAUAUCGCAAAAUUCGCGUGUACACAAGUGAUUAGCUGAAAAAAAAGAAGAAAUUGUACAUGAUUUAUUUACAAAUAAGAUUUUCAUGUAGUUUUGUAAAGUAUUAUUUUAAUAUGUAGGAGAUACAAUUAAAGAAGUUCACCUUCGAAUAUAUUCUAUCGGACAAAGACGAAGUUACGUGCAAUUAAAGCUACGAGCGUGGCCAAAAGAAUAUUUUAUAUCGAUGAAAAUUCUUCGGAAAAUGAAUUAAAUUACAUGUAUAUGUAUUUAUAUACAUAAUAUGUACGAAAACUUAUGCUCAAAAAUAAUGUUCCGACGUAACGAAUCGCAGUGAUUAUUCAUCGAUUAUCCGUCCACUGAUACAUGUAAGGAUGUAAUUAUUAAUAAUCCGCAGUUUAUUACUGUGAAUAAAGAUAAUCGUAUUCUUCAGGUA